UGAAUGAGUGACAGUUCAUCCAUCCUCCGCUUUAACAGAGCGCAUGGGGCAUCAGGUAGGAUCCGCGCGGAAUUACCAAAUGAAAACUUUUACGGAAUAACAAUGAAUUUAAAAUACAUAUUCCAACCCACACAGGGACUCUCCGUUUGUUGCAUUUCAUUAUUAUUUUUAAAAAUCAGACCUUUUUUGUGCGCCAUACAUUGUGAAUGCGCCCAAAUGCUGCCGAUUAUACCUGAAGUACUUUAAUAUAUGGCCAAAAGUGGAUCGAGGAUUUUAGAAGAUGAUCUUAAGGAGGCUGUUUCAUGCACUGCCUGUCUUCGCUCUGACCCUCUUCAUCCUGGUUUUGCUGGAUUUGCAGCUGCGCACCCGGAGUGACCAAAACCCCACUGCGCCUCUUGCACGCGAAAGAACACAAUCUAUAUCAAGGACCGUGGCUGUAAACCAACACACAGAUGUUGUUAAUGAAAAACAGAAGCAGAAACGUCAGAAAUGGAGGGAGGUGAAGCCACAACCACCUUUAGAACUCACUGACAUCUUUAUUGCAGUGAAAACCACCGGCCGGUUCCACAAGACCCGCCUUGCUCUUCUUCUGGAGACCUGGAUCUCCAGGACUAAAGACCAUACGUACAUCUUCACAGACAGUCCAGAUGAAGACAUUUCCUCUGAAGGAUUUAACGUUGUCGUCACUAAAUGUUCGCCGGAGCACAGUCAUCAAGCUUUAUCCUGUAAGAUGGCUGCUGAGUACCACCACUUCAUGACCUCUGACAAAAAGUGGUUUUGUCAUGUUGAUGAUGAUAAUUACCUGAACCCUGAAGCCCUUCGUUCUCUCCUGAUGGCCUUCCCAGCAGACAGCGAUAUCUAUGUGGGCAAGCCAAGCCUGGAUCGACCAAUGAGAGCCCAGGAGUUGCUGGAAGGGAAUAAGACGAGGGAGGUCCAUUUCUGGUUUGCUACAGGAGGGGCUGGUUUCUGUUUGAGCAGGAAGCUGGCAGAAAAGAUGGCACCCUGGGCAAGUGGUCCCAGGUUCGAGCAGACCUCUGCAGUAAUCAUGUUACCUGAUGACUGUACGGUGGGCUUCAUAGUUGAGAGGAGACUGGGCAUCUCAAUGGUCCACAGCAACAUGUUUCAUUCUCAUCUGGAAAACCUACUUCUUCUUGCCCCCAGUGAUAUACCCAAACAAGUGACUCUAAGCUAUGGAUGGUUUGAGAAUAAAAUGAAUAGUGUUGAACUAAAAGGAGUUUUUACCAGAGACGAAGAUCCGUCCAGGUUCAGGACAGUCCACUGUCUCCUGCACCCUACAACAAGUUGGUGCCCUGUAGCCCUCAAAGACGCCUUGUCAUGGAAUCAACGUGUUCUCCAAUGAUACAAUAAUCAUGCAUAAAGUGAGAAUUUCAAUUCAUGAAAAUUCCUUACAAGACACUUGUGUUUUAUAAGGGCAGAGUAGCCAACAAAAGCCAAAAGUGCUGCAUGGUGUUCAAAUGAGGAAACUGAAUAACCUCAAUGUUUAACUGAGCCAUUAUUGUUACUGAAAUUGUAAAUUGGAAGUGUAACUUUUGUCUACAUGUUGCACAUUUUGGUUAUAAAUUUGUUUGUUUUUAAAAUUGAAACCCCAUUUCCAGAAUAGAUGGGACAUUUUGGAAAAUGCAGUGAAAUCAAGAAUUUGAUGGGGGCAUCCAUCCAUAAUCCAUACGGCUCCAGAGGGUUAAUAAAGGCCUUUUGAAGUGAAGGGAUGUGUUUUUGUAAGAAAAAUAUCCAUAUUUAAAACUUUAUAAAUUAAAAUAACUAGCUUCUGGUGAACAACUGUACGCAUACUGCGAUUUGGGAGGAAGUCCUCUGACCUGAUGCAAUGGUGAACGCAGAGGCGCAGAGGAGAGAGCAAAACAAAACACCGGUCAUGAAUUAGUCUAAAAUGAUAAAUUUUAAAGAGAUAUGUUUUUUUCUCUUUAUUUUAUAAGAGAAGAGGAGCUUGAGUUUGUUGCAGAGCUGUUUUUGUUUGAACCGCGAGAGACGUCUAAGCUUACGCUACUCCUACAUCCUGUGUCAUACAUCGCGUGAGGGGUUACUCUUGUGGCGCAUGUCGACUUUAUAAAAUUUUAAAAGGUUAAUAGAGGUUUCCUGCCU